AUGCUGCUACUCAAUUCUUGUCCGAGAAGAGAUCCUCAAAAACAAUCACCAAGCAAACCAAGUGGACCAUCCAGUCCAAAGCCAACUGCUGGUGGUUUGACUGCUGCUCAAUUAAUGAGAUGCAUGCCAAAUUUGAGAACAAGCAAAGCUGUUACUUAUAUCCCAUAUUUGAAUGCUGCUAUGAAGAGUGGAAAUAUCAACACUUGCUGCAGAAGAAGUGCUUUCUUGGCUCAAUUGGCUCACGAAAGUGGUGAUCUAAACUGGUGGGUUGAAUUUGCUAGCGGAAGAGAAUAUGAAGGAAGAAGAGAUCUCGGCAAUAUUUACCCAGGCGAUGGUGUUAGAGUAAGUAUCUAUCACCUCUUUCAAUACGGUAAUAUCAAAUACUAUUCUUCUACUGAACGAAUUUUAAAUUAA